AUGUCCUACCAGCCUCAACCUCAGAUGGUCGUCCAGCAAGGCGGCGGCGGAAACAGGAACGUCAAGAACCUUCCCUUGGGCCCAGACGGCCGUGAAUGGAGCAACGGGUUGUGCUCCUGCUGCGACGAGCCUGGCACCUGUUUGCUUGCGUGGUGCUGCCCAUGCAUUGUUUACAGCCGCGUAAAGCACCGCUACGAGCACCUCGCCACCAAGGGCGUGCCGGACCCCGAGCACGGUGGAGACGUCUGCACCUCUGAUUGCUUGAUCCACGCUGCUGUUACGUCGUGUGUCGGUCUGGGAUGGCUGUUCCAGAUGAUGAACCGCGAAAAGAUCCGUUCUCGUUAUUCCAUCAGGGGAGGCGGUUGCGGCGACUGCCUCACGGCGUGUUGCUGCACGCCCUGCGAGCUUGUCCAGGAGUCCCGGGAACUCGAGUUGGAGGAGCAGAGUUUUGGCCAGACCUACAAGGCUUAA